AGGCAACUCGACAAACCUGACCAACAGCACCAGCAGCAGCCACCGCGAGAACCGCGAGAACCGCGAGAACCGCGAGCAUCAAGUCAGAUUGCCAGACAGCCAGACAGUUAGUCUAGCCGCGUACCUCAAGCUGUGAGUUUGUGAGUACUAAUUCCUAUUUCACGUGUCCUACUCACCUGUCGACGUUCUUCCUUAUCUUCGUACUUGAAAAAAAAAGUUAUUAAUAUUUUUUAAAAAUAUUAUUAAAUACAUAAUCAGGUAUGAGAUCAAUGACUCAAGUUAAAGUAAUUCCGAUAAAAGAUUUAUCGAUAAGAAAGUGAUUACAUAUUAUUUUUUCUUCUUAUCGAGAUUAAUUGGUAUUGUGUAAUAUCUAGCACGGAGACGCGCAUUUGAUUAUCGACUUGAAUCUGUCGACAGGAGUACUAAACUGUAAGGUAUAUAUAUAUAUACAUAUAUCUUUAAUAUACACAGACAAAUUAUUUGUCUGUGUGUGUAUAUUUUAUAUUGAGCAACCCCUUCUUCUCAGCAGCUCAUUCACUUUUGCGCACUCUCACUUGAGUCUUUUUUUCUUGUUGUCCCCAGCUGCUGGUUGCUGGUACAGCAUUGAAGGAUCUUUUGGUUAUUGUGUGUGAUAGAAACUAGUUCUCUUGUUUUUUAAUAUUAUUGAUUGUAUUAUUUACUCACUGACAUUAAAAGUUGUGACUGAUAAAUAAAAAAGCUAAACUAUUUGUGAUAAAGUGGCAUUUACAGGGAGCAGAAAAUAAAAUAUUGGAGACAUUGUAAUCGAUUUGUUUGGAGCUUGAUGAAUUAAAGGAUUUUUCAGAGAGCAGCAACCGGUUUUAGAUGCACCAGGUGGUAAUUUUACCAUUAAUCAACUGAGAUAUUCUUACUCUAUUUGAUAAAAAUAAUAAUAAAUCCGAGUAAUUGCUGUAAGAUUCCAAGUGGGUAAAUCGUGUAUUUAUGUUGCCACUUGCACCUCACUGGACAAUUCCACCAGGAGUAUACGUUUUCCAUUACAUUGUGACGUGAUAAAAAUAAUAAACAACUUUACGCAUAGUGUAGUUUAGUUACGGAGGUUUUUAAUUAUUAUUAUUAUUAUUAUUAUUUUUUUUUUUGUUACUGUUGUUGUUAGUUAGUUAAAGUCAGUGUAUAGUUUAUUUAAAUUGUACUAUGUUAGAAUGAGUUGCUCGGUGAAGAUCUCGAGCAAGGGCUGGGCCAGCUCGCAGCAGAGGCGUAUUGGCUCUUUGCCUGAAGAAACCAAUGUGUUACUAAGUCAAGCUGCAUCGCCAGUAAAUUCCGGAAGUACAGUUAUAAGUACACUAGCAUCAACAGCAUCAGCAACAAUAGCAACGGCAACAACAACAACAACAACAACACAAGUACUUAUUCCUCAGCAGCAACAGUUGCUGUUACAGCAACACCAUCAACAGACAGUAAAAACUGUUCAAUCUAAAGCACUUGCCAAGUCGAUAGCUACUAAAAAAGGCGAAGACACAGCAAAAUUACUUAAAUACAUUGAUGACAAUAUAAUUGGAAAAAAUGGGACUUUCUUUGGACCAUUUGGUCGCAGGAAAGUAAUUUACUGUGAUUACACGGCAUCAGGAAGAUCAUUGCAAUUUAUAGAAGAAUAUAUUUCAAAAGAAGUACUGCCAUGUCUUGGAGAUACUCGGGCAUCGACGUCAAUUUGCAGUUUGCAGUCGUCACUCUUCAGGCACGAGGCCAGAGACAUCAUUCGACAUGCAGUCGGGGCCGGAGAGCAGGAUGCUGUUCUCUUUACAGGUCAUGGUACUGACGACGUUCUGCGCACUCUUAUUCGCCAUCUUGACCUCCCCCGGAGGCCGACCGUUGUCUUUGUUGGCCCAUUCGAGCAUCGCACCAAUUUGCGACCCUGGCGCGAACUCGGUACCAAGGUGGUGAGAAUUGCUGAAACCAAGGAGGGAUUCCUCGAUUUGAAUGACCUCGAGCGUAAACUUGUUGAGGAAAAAUCCUCAGAGCGUAUGAUGGUUGGGUGCUUUAAUGCGGCUAGUUGUAUCACUGGUGUACUUGCUGAUGACGUUGCAACCACUCUCUUGUUGCAUCAGUACGGGGCGCUGAGUGUGUGGGACUAUACAUCAGCCGCUCCUUAUAUAAAUAUGGACAUGAAUCCACACUUACCAGGCGUGGGUGAAACUGCUGUGCAUAAAGACGCAAUAAUAUUUAGUGGACAUAAAUUUGUGGGUGGCGCACAGUCACCCGGUGUCCUUGUAGUAAAGAAAUCGUUAUUGAAAAAUGAUAUUGCCAUUGAAGAUAUGAGAGACUCGCACAGAUAUCUAAAAGAUCCGGAAUUAAGAAAUGAAAGUGGAACCGCGGGGGUCGUUGGAUCUAUUCGUUGUGGGCUCGCAAUGCAACUUAAAGAAAAUAUUUCUUCACAAGUUAUUAUUUCACGGCAAGAAAAAAUUUGCAAACAAGUACUGGCUCAUGUGAGAACAAUACCCGAGCUCAUAUUACUCGGUAGUAAUUCUCAAAACAUAAAGAGACUACCAGUAUUUUCAUUCAUGGUCAGACACCCACGAGGAACUUUUUUGCAUCACAAUUUCGUCUGUGCGAUUCUCAACGAUGUUUUUGGUAUACAGACACGAGGUGGAUGCGCUUGCGCCGGUCGAUAUGCUCACGAUCUUAUGGGAAUUGACAUUGACCUUGCCAAAAAAUAUGAUUCAAUAUUAACCGACAAGGGUUCAAAUUCCGAAGCAAAUGCCGAAUUUCUGAGGCCUGGUUUUGCUAGAUUGUCCUUGCCCUACUUUAUAACUGAAGCCGAAUUGGCAUUUGUAUUAGAGGCCUUGAAAAUGGUCGCAACCGAGGGAUGGAAACUCUUACCGCAAUAUGUACUGAAUCCUGAUACUGGUGAAUGGCGUCACCACACAAACAGCGUCUUUAAGGAACGAAAGUGGUUAGGAUCGAUUCGUUAUACCGAUGGUAAAAUGAUAGCUUCUGAAAGAAGAGUAUCUGGUGCUGGUGGUGUUUUCCCCCAAAGUUAUGCAGAUUGUCUUCAAACGGCCCGUAAUAUUUUCAACCGAUCACGUAAAAUUGCCCAUCGUUUUCCCUUGCAAAUAGACUGCAAUGUUAGUCUUACAGCUGUUGAAGAAUCAUUGCGUUGGUUUAUUUUACCAAGUGAAGCUCAAGAUCUUUUACUUGGUAAUUCUCAAAAUGUUAAACAAGAUUUGCCGUUUGAUCCCACGGUGAGAAAGCACCGUCGUGAUUUUACUAUUGGUUUAAAUAUUUUAUCACAAUAUUCUGGUAUACGGAGACUCAACAGCGAUAUUCCUAAAUCAGGUAAUCCUCCAUUGGCAAUUGCGUCUCCAAGACAUCAUAGUUUGCCUGCAUUGUCAAUCGAUCAGCAUUCUACGGCACCAAAACGUUUUGGCGACAGUUUUGAUUCUACUGUUAGUGAAGACAAUGAUAAAAAAGAUGAUAAACUUAUUCAAGGUCCAACUAUUCGUCCAACUUGUUCUUCUUCAUCAUUAUCAUCAUUAUCAUCAACUUGCUCUCAAUCCGGAUACCAAAAAUUAUCAACUGAUUCAUCAUUAACGCCAAUAAAAUUUGCUGUCGGUGAAGCUGUUACCUCGUCAAUGAUUAUUGCGACUACACCAGCAGGAGCACGACUGAUGGCUGAUGAACACAGUAUGCCGCAUGUCAAUAACGUCCAUCGUGGCAACCGCACACGCUGUAAUUCGUUGGGUAGCAGUGGAAAGACUCAACCAGUUCCUAUUCCUCUGAGUCCUCAAACACUAGCAAGUCUUGGAGUUUCCUCGACGACUUCAUCAGGCAAUUUACCACGUAAUAAUCGGUACUGCAGCUGUAGCAGCCAGAUAGAUUUGUCAAGUUCACUUGAGCUUGACGGUGGUAUUGGUAACAGUCCUACAAGAUCAACUGCAUCAUCAGAAACUUGUUCGCCUACUUCUUCCUCGUCACCUUCACCGCAUCCGUACAUCCCGUCAUUCAAUUCACACCAAAAUUCCCAUAAUCUCCGAGGUGGGCAUCAUCAUCCACAUCAUCCACAUCAUCCACAUCAUCCUCAAUUAACACACACAGACAGCUCACAUAAAUUAGGAAGAUAUUCACCAAUUAUCACAAGCUUCAGUCAGAGUUCUGAACAAGAUUUACGUGCUUAUUUAAAAGAAGUUACUAAAGAACUGGCAACAGAAAUAAAAUCAGAAAUAAGAGAAGUUAUUUCAAAGGUCGAUGAUGUUUUGUCGGACAAUGGGACACCUCAGCAUCAUAACCAGAGGAUAUCUUUUAUGGCUAGUGAAAAACAUCAACAGCAGAAAGAAGGGAAAGAUGAUUCCUGUUCAGCUCGUGAAGUCGCUGAAUAUCUUAUGGAGUUUUCCAAAGGAAUGGCCAGCGAAGUUAAAUCAGAAAUUAGGUGUAUGGUAAAUCAAGUGGACGGUCUAGGUAGAUUUUCACCAGAUUUACAUUCAGUGGCAUCAACUGGUUCACCAGGAUAUGGAACUCCUGAAAGACGAUUGCCAUCGUCACCUCUAGCGGGAUUGAAAUUUGGAAAAACAUCAAAAUUAUGUGAUUUACAGCAUUCACAGCAGGAGAGUAAAAUGUCUAGUGAAUGUUCAUCAGACGAGACUGUGAUAUACGUUGUGGGUCCUCGGGCUACUUCAGCAACUACCAGAACAACGAUAAUUGCCAAUCACGACCGAUCAAAAACGUCUGAUGAAGAAGACGGAGAAGAAGAAGACGAAGAAGAAGUAGAACAAGAAGAAGUAGUAGCGGUAAAUAAAAAAUCAGCCAAAAAUAUAAUUAAAAAAUUAACUGGUAAUAGUACAAAAAUUCUGCCGGAAAUAUAUUCAGCAGUUAAUUCAGUCAGUUCACAAGACAGUGGGAUUAAUUUAUCAUUCAAUGAUAAUGACAUACGUCCUACUGAAUUAGGUAGAAGUAGCAGCAGUAGCAGUGGGAGCAGUACUGAUUCUUGUAGCAUCACUAACAGAAAUAACACUACCAGCAAAAAAUCUAAAAGCACUCCCAAUAAAGGACCAAGGCGGAGUAUCAAAGAUACACGAAAGCUUCCUGAUUAUUUUUCAGAAGAUGAGUUUAAUAUUGUGAUGCCUGAUGAUAAAGUUUUAACCUCUGACGACGAGGAUGGACUGGAAAGUAAGUUAGAUUCUAAAGAAUUGAAAACUGAGAAUGGAGAUGAUGAUAAUGAUAAGGCAGAGGAAGGUGAGCCAAGAUGGUACAGUCCACCUAAAAAUAUUUGGAAAGCAACCGUCGAAGCUAUUCAUGAGUAUGAUAUGAUACGUGAUAAAGAUAGAGUACUUGUUUGUCUUCCAGCCACUACAAUGGGCGCAAAAGUUGCUGCCGGAAGUUAUGGUUUAGCUUUACUUCAUGCUCUACAUCAGUAUCAAUUUUAUGCCCGAUCAAAAAAUAUAUAUUUUGAAAUUGGCGCUGUCACUAUUGACGCAAACACAACAAAUUACGACCCAAUUGAAUCAAUGAGCUAUCUCAAGAGUUUGAAGGUUCCUUAUUUUUAUGAGGAAGCUGAAGAACAGGCGUCGCUUAUUGACGACAGUACCAAAAAUAUUUUUACUAAGGAUAAUGAGGAGGAUAAAAGUUUACCAGGACGGACUUGCAGUACUUGCGGACGUCUGGGUAUUAACACGAGAAAAAGACUCUACUCAGUUGCCAAAAGAUAUGGAUUCAAUGUAUUGGCACUUGGGCAACAUCUUGAUGAUCUUACCGAAGGAUUUCUUACCUCAUUUUUUUACAGUGGUAAACUUAAAACUUUUAAAGCUCAUUAUGUUGUCAAGGAACAUGAGCUGAGAGUCGUAAGACCUUUUGUGUACGUACGUGAAAAAUCACUGAGGCAAUUUACAGAGGAUAAAAAACUACCUAUGCUACGGGUAGUUUGUCAAGCCUGCGACGAGUUAUCAAAAAUAAAUGAUGAAACAAAUAAAGAACUGAUGACACAACAGGAAAAAAAUUAUCCAAAAGUCUACUGGUCUAUGAGAAAUGCUCUCAGGCCGCUGAUUCUGGCAAGAGGUAACUUUCCACAUGGACACCAGAGACAUAAGCACAAGCUCAAGCCCAAGGCUAGUCCUUCUCAUCUUUCUCAUCCUUCUCAUCCCAACCCAAAUCCAAAUCAAAAUCCAAAUUCAAACUCAUCUGGAUUACCGGGUACCUAUCAAGAGUUAGGUAACAGUGAUACCGAUCAACAAAUUUUAUAAUAAAUUUUUUUUUUUAAACGUAAUUGUUUUUAUUUAUUUUAUAUUUUAUGUUUAAGUUACUCUAUGACAAAUAAUUACGUUAAUAUUUUAAAUAAUUAACGACUCAUUUAAUUCUGGUAUUAAUUACUUAACAUUGGAAUAAAAUGUGGCAAUUAAUUGUUUAAGUAAUUGAAUAUUUAAUACUACUCAAUUCAUUAUG